AUGUCCGCUGAUGACCAGCAGUUCUUGGAUGCUCUUGGGAACAUUCCUCUCUAUCUGCGUCGCUACACCGACGAUGUGGCUAGCUUUAUAGACCAACACGUCGACCAUGCAGCCCACUACGUCCGCGACACCAUAUCAUCACAGGCAUGGAUCCCCGACUCAGUCAAGCCGCGACCCCCACCUCCGCCGCCUGCCGCCGCCGCCGCCUCUCGCCUCCAAGCCGUCCAGGACUGGAUCGCGAACCACAAGAUCAUCACGGGCGUCGUGGUCCUGGCAUGCGGCACCAUCGCAUACAAGGGCUACCAGCACAACCAGUCUAUGCGUAAGAUUCGCAGGGCCAAGAGGGCUCGCAAUGGCGGCCGGACAGAGGUUGUCGUCAUUGCCGGGUCCGCCUCGCUGCCUCUGACAAAGUCUCUCGCUCUGGAUAUGGAGAGGCGAGGCUUCGUCGUCUACAUUGUCUGCAAUGCGGCCGAGGACGAGUCUACCGUCUCGUCACUCUCCAGGAGGGAUAUUCGCCCCCUAACCAUAGACACGACUGAUGUAUCUCUUCCCUUCCCCUCCCCGCCCCCCACCCUCUUUCAGAAACAUAUGCUGAUUUCCUCUCAUAUUCAACAGCCUCCCAGUGCCGGUGCCGCCAUUGAACGUUUCGCCCACCACCUCCAGUCCCCCCAGCCUCCCGCUCCCAACGUCAGGCCCAACCAGCUGACGCUGAAAUCUGUCAUCCUCAUCCCGAGCCUGCACUACCAGACGUCGCCCAUCGCCACCAUCGCCCCCUCCAACUUUGCCGACGUCUUCAACACGCACCUCCUCCAGCCCAUCCUCGCCAUCCAGGCUUUCCUCCCGCUGCUCACGUCUCGCCUCCAGCCGGUGGGGGAGCGCUGGGUGCCGCCCAAGGUCCUCGUCUUCACGCCCUCGAUAAUCUCGUCCAUCAACCCCCCCUUCCACGCCCCCGAGGCCACCGUAUGCUCCGCCCUGUCGGCCUUCACGGAGGUUCUCACUGCCGAGCUACGGCCCCUCGACAUCCCGGUCACGCACAUGCAGCUCGGCACCUUUGACUUCAGCGGUUUCGUCCCCAGCAACCACCAGGCGCGUCAGGGAAUCCCUCCGUCACUGCCGACGGCGACCACAGCCGGCAACCCGGAGGACACGCUUAUCUGGCCCGACGGCGCCCGCCACGUCUACGGCCGCAACUUUGUUUCCCAGACCAGCUCUGCCAUCUCGGGUGGGCGCAUCCGCGGCCUUCGCGGAAGUUCCCUCCGCCACCUUCACAACACCGUCUUCGACGUCAUGGACGGGUCCGUCGUGGCCAACUCUGUCCGUGUCGGUCUCGGUGCCGGCAUCUACGGCUUCGUCGGCCGCUGGGUGCCCCGCUCUCUCGUCUCGUGGAUGAUGGGCAUCCGCAAGGUAGAUCAGCUGUCGACAUGGAAGUCCAACGUCUCCGACAGCAGCGCCGGCGGCCACUCGAGCGAGGACAGCGACGAUGGGGCCACGGCGGCGUCGCACGAAUUCAUCGCCGUCACGCCAGAGAAGAAUGUGUGGAGGUCCGACAUUGAGAGCGGUAGCAACAUCUGGGCACCGUCUCCAUCGAGAAUCUAG